CACCACAUCUAAGAACUAUAUGAAACUCACCCAAAUUUCUACUAGGGUUUCACUUCCAAAGACAGUUCCCAAAACCCAUCAACCACUAUCUCUCCACUAUUAAACUAACACCAACACCAUUUUCAUUUAUCUCCUUCGCUUUUCUAGAUUCUUCCAUCUCACACCUUUUCAACUUCUCACCGGUUUAGGUUUUAGAUUUUGUGUGUGAAAUUUGAGAGAAGGAAAAAAGUAUGGGGAAAUCAGGGGGUAGAAAGAAGAAAGGUGGUGCUGCUGCUGUUGUUGAUAAUUCAGUCUCUGCACAAACUCCGAAUGGCGGUGUUGAAUUGGAUUCAUCAAUUUUUUUGAAAAAGGCGCAUGAAAUGAAGGAGGAAGGGAAUAGGAGGUUUCAGAGUAAGGAUUAUGCUGGUGCUCUUGAACACUAUGAGAAUGCUCUUAAACUCACGCCCAAAAUUCAUCCUGACAGAGCUGUUUUUCAUAGCAAUAGGGCUGCAUGUUUGAUGCAAAUGAAACCGAUUGAUUAUGAAUCUGUGAUUUCUGAGUGUACUUUGGCUCUUCAGGUUCAGCCGUUGUUUGUUCGGGCUCUUCUUCGGAGGGCUCGGGCGUUUGAGGCUGUUGGUAAGUAUGAAUUGGCUGUGCAGGAUGUGCAAUUGUUGUUGGCUUCUGAUCCUAAUCAUAAGGAUGCUUUGGAUAUUGCUCAGAGGUUGAGGGCUGCGUUUGGGCCUCGGCAGGAAGCUCAGCAGGAUCUUCACAGUCGGCCUUCUCCUGCUGCUCUUGGGGCUUCGGCUGUUCGUGGUGCUCCUAUUGCGGGGUUAGGUCCUUGUUUGCCUGCACGGCCUGGAUCGAAGAAGGGGGUGAAUUCUGGAGUUGGGGCCGUUGUUUCUCCUAAUAACAAGGUUGACAAGUCUCAGAAUGUUUUACUGCCGGCUGAGAAUGGCUCGGAGACAACUAAGCGUCAGCAGAAUGUUGUGUUGAAGCCUUUAAGUAAUGGUCCUGCAGUGCAGCGUAACUCGAAAGAUGUGAACCAGAAGGAUAUUCGUGGGCAGCUGUCGGAGGUUGCGAUUCGGUGGAGACCAUUGAAGCUUGUUUAUGAUCAUGACAUUAGGCUUGCUCAGAUGCCGGUGAAAUGCAGUUUCAGAGUACUGAGAGAUGUGGUAAGCAAAAGAUUUCCUUCGUCAAAUUCAGUUCUGAUCAAGUACAAGGAUUGUGAUGGUGAUUUGGUUACUAUAACGUCUACGGAUGAACUCAGAUUAGCAGAGUCUUUUGUUGAUAGCCAUUUGCUGAAAGAGCCGGAAUUAGAUAUAAGUGAUUCCAUUUCGGUGCUGAGACUUCAUAUUGUUGAAGUUAAUCCGGAACAGGAGCCAGCUUUGUUGGAAGAAGAGGAAGAAAAGCUUGUUGAGAAUGAAGUGACCAAGGGAGAUGAGAAUGGAUCUCAUUCUUCCCUUGGUGAAUCUGUCCCUGAAGUUACAGAAGUUACCGAGGUUCCUGAUACCGAGGUUGACAAGAUAGCUGCAAAGAAGGAUGCUUCCAAGGAAAAGCCAGGAGCCACCGGAGAAAAUGAAUGCAAAGAAGUGGAGAUGGAUGAUUGGUUGUUUGAAUUUGCUCAGCUUUUCCGCUCCCAUGUUGGUAUUGACCCGGAUGCUCAUAUUGACUUGCAUGAACUUGGGAUGGAGCUUUGUUCAGAGGCACUUGAAGAAACAGUAACUAGUGAGGAGGCUCAGGAUUUAUUCGACAAGGCUGCUUCAAAGUUCCAGGAGGUGGCAGCAUUGGCAUUCUUCAAUUGGGGUAAUGUACACAUGUGCGCUGCUAGGAAGCGGAUUCCCUUAGAUGAAACCGCUGGAAAAGAGGUAGUGGCAGAACAACUUCAAGUGGCUUAUGACUGGGUCAAGGAUAAGUAUUCUUUGGCAAGAGAAAAAUACGAGGAAGCACUCGUGAUCAAACCAGAUUUCUACGAGGGGCUGUUGGCUCUAGGCCAGCAACAAUUUGAAAUGGCCAAACUCCAUUGGUCUUUCGCAAUUGCUAAGAAGAUAGAUUUAACAAGUUGGGAUCCAACGGAAACUCUUCAAUUGUUUAACAGUGCCGAGGAGAAGAUGAAAGCUGCAACAGAUAUGUGGGAGAAGUUGGAGGAACAAAGAGCAAAGGAGCUAAAAGACCCAAAUGCAACCAAGAAAGAAGAACUAUUGAGAAGAAGGAAGAAACAUGGCAGUACUACCGAAGGUGAGGCUUCUGGUGUAGCCGGUCAGAGUGAGAUAUCUGCGGAAGAAGCCGCUGAGCAAGCAGUGGUCAUGAGAUCACAGAUUCACCUCUUUUGGGGCAAUAUGCUUUUCGAAAAAUCCCAAGUUGAAUGCAAAUUAGGAAUGGAUGGUUGGAAGAAAAACCUAGAUGCUGCAACAGAAAGGUUUAAGCUUGCAGGAGCAUCCGAGGCAGAUAUUUCAAUGGUUCUAAAGAAUCAUUCUUCAAAUGGUGGUGAUACAAAAGGCGAUGAUAAAAAAGUUCAGAGUACACUUCCCAACAAGACUGGUGAACUAGAGAUCAAUAAGGCAAGUCAAGAAUGAGAUAAAUUAUGUGUGGCUAUGAAAUCUUAUUCGUUUUUGUUCAGUCACUUCUUGAAUGAAGAUUAUGGACAAAGAAUAUCCUUGGCAUCAAAAGCUCAAAAGUAAUGUCUGAAUUUUUUUUGAAAAUUGAAAUUGAAAAAUUAGGGUACUUCAACUAGAUAGCUCUGCCCUUGUUUUCUUUUCUUUUUUCUCUGAAGUUCUUUGAGAAUCUGAUGAAGGGGAGAUUGUUUUUUAACAUUAUUUAGACAGUUAUGAGUUUCUGAUGAUCAAUUUUUGUUGCUCAGUCAUUUUUGUCCCCUGUUGUGUCCUUUGCACUGUUGCAAUUUAUUGGAUUGUAUACCUGUUAAACUCUUGACAUUUGCUUUGUUGGUCUUUAGCAGUAUGCUGGAUGUAUUGCUGAUUUUAUUUUAUAAGUUAUAACCCCAGUUUUAUAUGGUUAA